AUGAAAUGCUUUCCAUGUUUCAAGCCUGAGAAGAAGAUGCCGUCAAGGAGGAUGGAGCGAGGGGAAGUCCCGCCUGCGAAUGCCGCCGUCUCGACGCGAUCCGGAGCGCCCCUCGAGAAAUCUGAGUCGAACGAGCCAUCAUCCACAUCACCAAAACACACGCAAUCAUCUGAAAAUAGAUCAAACAGUGAACCUGCCGAAAAUUCUGCCAUGGCCAAAACUGCAAAAGCAUUCACAUUCCGUGAGCUGGCAACAGCCACCAAGAACUUCCGGUUCGACUGCCUUGUGGGAGAGGGGGGCUUUGGCAGGGUCUAUAAGGGACAGCUUGAAAAUGGCCAGGUAUAUACAGGAACGACAUAACGACAUACGUUCUUAAGAUUAUAACAACUUGCUCACUGCUUCUAUUAUUUUAUGAUGCAUGAUCAGGUUGUAGCUGUCAAACAACUAGACCUGAAUGGAUUUCAAGGCAACAGAGAGUUCCUAGUUGAAGUCUUGAUGCUCAGCUUAUUGCACCAUCCAAACCUAGUCAGCUUGGUAGGUUAUUGCGCAGAUGGAGAUCAAAGGCUACUGGUGUAUGAGUACAUGGCCCUUGGUUCACUUGCAGACCACCUGCUUGAUACUACUGCUGAUCAAAUACCACUAAGUUGGUACAGAAGGAUGAAAAUAGCCCAUGGAACAGCUAAGGGCCUUGAAUACCUCCAUGAGAAGGCAAAUCCUCCAGUCAUCUACCGGGAUCUCAAGUCCCCCAACAUCCUUCUUGAUGAGGAAUACAACCCUAAACUCUCAGACUUCGGUCUCGCAAAGCUCGGACCUGUUGGGGGAAAGACACACAUCUCAACUCGGGUGAUGGGCACAUAUGGUUAUUGUGCUCCAGAAUACAUACGAACAGGACAGCUAACUAUCAAGACUGAUGUGUACAGUUUUGGGGUAUUCCUGCUUGAGUUGAUUACAGGAAAAAGAGCAGUUGAUUCCAAUAGACCAGCAAAUGAACAAAUCUUGGUUAACUGGGCAAAGCCCAUGAUCAGAGAUAGGAGGAGGUACCAUGAGCUAGUAGACCCUCUUCUUAGAGGUGAAUACCCAGAAAAAGAUUUGAGCCAGGCUGUGGGCGUGGCAGCAAUGUGCCUACAGGAGGAAGACACUGUGCGGCCAUACAUGAGUGAUGCUGUUGUAGCAUUGGGAUUCCUCGCAGAAGUGCCUGCUGGCUGUGAAGAGAAACCUAGUGCUGUGCUCCAAAAGAAACAGGUUGAAGAUCCCUCAUUAACGAAUAGUACUAAGCAAGAUGAGAGCACAUUUGAUCGCCAACGAGUUGUUGCUGAAGCCAUCGAGUGGGGUGCCAUGAGGCAGAAACAGAAAGCUCAAAAUCAAGGGAAGGCAACUGAUUCCCAAUGCAUUAUAGAACCUACCGAAGCCAACAGAGUGUAAAAAGCCUUAAUAGCUAGAACCUAUGUGCAAAGUUAUUUAGUUACCCCUGACUUGUAGCUUUCCAAUUCUGUGCCGCCAUAUGGCUGAAUUGUCAUCUAGAAACAACUGUAAAUUACAAGGUAGCAGGGAUCAUCUAAA